AUGGAUCCAAGCUACAAGGCUCGAAAGGAGGCCUUCGUGUCCAACCUAGCAGGAAGCAACAUCGCCGAUAUCAACGCCGUCUCUUUUGUCGCGUCGGCGUCUGUAAUUCUUUGGUCCGCGCUUCAGUCCCGACUAUCCUUCUUCACACCCUACGGACCGGCUGCGCUAUUGACGGAUUUCAUCCUCAACGUGCUGGCCAUUCUGUUUGCGACAACAGCUUACUCCUCCGCACCGGUCCUUCUCAACAUCUUCCUCAUCACCCCCGCCGUCCUCCUCUACCUCACCCAGCCAGCUCAGCGCUCCCAGCAACUAGCGAAACCCCCACGCAAAGCAACCGCCAAAGAUGAUCCUUCUGAUGGCCACGCACAGCCCCUGCCCGUUCACCCCUUCCUUACGACAUAUCGGGCCGCCAUGAUGGUCGUAACGUGCGUCGCAGUCCUUGCAGUCGAUUUCCGCGUGUUCCCACGCCGACUCGCCAAAGUGGAGAAUUGGGGUACAUCGCUGAUGGAUCUGGGUGUGGGCUCCUUUGUCUUCUCUGCGGGUGUGGUUUCUGCACGUGCAGUUCUGAAGAGCCGCGCUUCUCGAUCUCAGCAGACUUCUUUCGUGAGAAGGUUAAUCGGUUCCGUACGCCACUCCAUUCCUUUGCUUGUGCUAGGUCUCAUUCGCCUCUGGAGCGUGAAAGGGUUGGACUAUGCGGAGCAUGUGACUGAAUAUGGAGUGCAUUGGAACUUUUUCUUCACUCUGGGUUUCUUACCCCCAUUUGUGGAGAUUUUCGACUCGUUGACUGCGUUGAUUCCAUCUUAUGAAGCCCUGGCGGUUAUUAUCACCAUUGUCUACCAGGUGGCUCUCGAGUCCACUAACCUCAAAAGUUAUAUCCUGGUCUCUCCCCGAGGUCCAGAUCUCUUGUCGAAGAACCGUGAAGGCGUAUUUUCGUUCCUGGGAUAUCUGGCCAUCUUUCUUGCUGGGCGUGGUGUCGGCAUCCGCAUCAUUCCCACGGGCACUUCCUCUUCUAAAACCCCCAAACAAGCACGGAAGUCUGUGCUGAUGAGUUUGGUCCUGCAAGCGUUGUUCUGGUCCAUCAUGUUCUUCUUCAACUCCACAUAUGCAUUCGGCUACGGAGCGAACAUCAUGGUCUCGCGCCGGCUUGCCAACAUGCCGUAUGUGCUGUGGGUUUCGGCCUUCAACAGUGCACAGCUCCUGCUUUUCUGCCUGGCCGAGACUCUCUUCUUCCCAUCUGUUCACCGAGCCACCAGUAAGGAGGGCGAGGUGGAGCAGAAUCUCUUUGCGACCAGCUGGAUUCUGCAUGCAUUCAAUCGCGGUGGCCUGGCGAUCUUUCUGGUUGCGAAUCUGUUGACUGGCGCUGUCAAUCUGAGUAUCCCAACUCUGGAUGUUAACACGCCGCAGGCCAUGGCCAUCCUAGUCGCUUAUGCAGCGAUCCUUACUGGACUUGCUUUGGCCAUGGACAAGUACAAUAUCAAGCUGCGCCUGUAG